UUUGAGGCUUCGAGCUAUUCACGAGCGGCUGUGCUCAAUUAGCACCCCUACUCAGUUACCCGCACUAUCCAAUUUCCCUCAAACCCAAAAAUAAAAUUUGUAAAAGAAAAUCCCCAAAUUUGAGGAACAAAUAAGAAGACCGACAGGAAAUACAAAAUUUAUCCGACCAGAUUGGAAUCUCGACAUUUUUCUGAAUACGUAUUGGAGAAGAUUCGCAAACUCUCGUAGAAAAAAGUUUGCAGCUGAUUGAAGAGAGGAUUUGGGCAGUGUUGUUAUUUUUUUUCAGUUCUGAAUAACGAAUAUGAAAGGAAAUGGGAGCUAUGUGCCACCUCCUUAUAUACCCCUGGGGCAGUCUGAGGAAGAUUAUGAAGCUUUAACUGCAGGGAACAAUGAAGCUUCUGCUUCGAUUUCGAUUAGUGAUGGCACUGUGCAAUGGUCCUCUGGAAUCUGUGCUUGUUGCGACGAUACACCGAGCUGUUGUAUAGGUACCUUUUGCCCUUGCUAUCUCUUUGCUAAGAAUGCCGAGUUUUUGGGUUCUGGAACUCUGGCAGGACCUUGUGUGGUUCAUUGUAUGCUUUGGACCCUAGCCAGCAGUGGUUGUUUCUUGUAUUGUAUACUUUUGGGGUUGCCUGGAUGCCUUCUUUCGUCUUAUUCUUGCAACUAUCGAAGGACUCUUCGAACCAAGUACAAUCUGCCGGAGGCACCCUGUGGAGAUUUUGCAACUCAUUUUUUCUGUCAUCUAUGUGCCUUGUGUCAAGAAUACAGGGAGAUAUGUGAAAGAACUGGUGAUCCCAAUUACAGUGACCCUAAACGACCUGUAAUUACCGCUCCACCUGUCCAGAAAAUGGAACCGCAUCCAGGAGAGUGAUGCUUCCCUGUAUUAUCCUGGCUUGUCGACCAUGCUGUGAUUUCAAGUUACCAUCAUAGAAUCCUAGGCUGUCAAUGUGCUGCUUUGUGAAUUGUCAAGUCUCAUGUCAUGAAUAUCAAUAUCUCUCUGAGAGACCUGGAGGGAUUAUGUAAUCAUCUUUCUCAGACAUUUUGAUCUUUUAUAUACUUGUAAUCAUAGUGGAAAAUGGAGCUAAAAAGUAGAAAGAGGGCUUCGAAUC